AGCUGUUGAUUAGAAACAUGACGGCUUGUUUGGUUCGAAGGUUAGCUGCUCUGUCCGGAGCUUCCGCCGUGGGGCUGGGAGCUUACGGAGCUCACGGCUUCAAGAACAAGGACCCGGAUGACUACAGGAUUGCGCUUUAUGAAACAGCCAACAAGUACCAUUUCUACCACAGCCUGGCCCUGCUGGGGGCUGCCCACUGUGGGAAACCUCUGCUGGCCGGCACCAUCCUGAUCGCCGGUAUGGGGAUGUUCUGCGGGCCCCUGUAUCACCAGGCUCUGACGGGGGACCCCAGUCUGGGCAAACUGGCCCCCAUGGGUGGAGUAGCUAUGAUCGCCGGCUGGCUGGCCAUUAUUCUCUGAACUGUGGUGGCUCGCAGCGUCUCCGCGGGGCCGCCACCUGACACGAAACUGUCAGGCUUCUAACAGAUGGACUUAGAGAGCUCGUAGGAGUUUGCUGAAGGGCGGCGCCGAGUUAUAAUGUCACCCGUCUAACGGCUGCCUGCCUUUGGGAGGCGAUUGUCAGCAGAAGAUAAGGUCACCGCAGGAUUAUCACUCCUCUGCCACCGCCGUCCACUUUCUGAUCGCUGCCCUUUGAAUGUUGUGUCAAACGACUGGAGAGAGUGAAUGCUGGGUGCUGGAGUCCUCUUCAACGAUCUGUUCAAACUGGAGUCGAAAUCACCAAUAAAUAUGUGUAUUUCUGUGUACUUGUACACAGCAAGGAUCCUGCAAAA